CGAGCCUGUCGCUGCGAGUCCACGAGUCCGAGACCCCAUCUUCAUCAAAUAUAACUCCCUACACCAUGGGCAAAGAGGUGAAAGUGUCCGAUCUGUUCGCCGCGCUGCAGCAAUUGCAGGCCACCGACUCGGAGGCUGCUCUGGCCCUCGUCACCGCCCGACCCGACUUGAGACCUGCUGCCAGGAAUGGGGCAGAGACAGGCAAUGAGGAUGAUCCUGAUUUGAACCGAGCAAAGGAUCUGCUCCACCUGCAUCAGUCUGUCAAGCUCGCUCAUCCGGACGCGCAACCGGACGCGGCUUUGAAGCAGGCACGCGCCGAUGUCGCCAAAGUAUUGUCUGAGGUGUAGAGUCCAUGUCAAGCAUGUAUCGGCCAUCCAGUUAGCGCGGUUCGUUAUACUGCCGGUGGGAGCCGCCUCUUAGGAGGUACAAAUGGCAACGAGCACGCGCAAAGAGCGAACCAAGUACCAUCCUCUUCACCUGGAACCACCGGGAAAGCCCUUCUCUCGGUCUAGUGUUGAGACUCACGGCAGAGUGUGACGGACCGUGACCAUGCGGGCGGUCCCCAUCGGUCUGGGGCCUCUACUCUUGCGAUACUGUACUUCAUAUGCCACACAGAGCCGAGAGAUCUCCAAACAGCAUUGUGCGAUCCGCCGUUGCUGCUGCUGUCGACGUUGGGAGGUGACGAGAUCAACCACUCCGUGCGUGGAAUGCAGGCGCCAUAGGGUCAUCAAAAUGUCCAGGCAAUAGCUAUUCUAUACAAGAUUAUAUGCCUGCAUUAAUGAGAGAGAGUACCACCGUGGAACAUGGGGAGUAAUGGAGAGCAAUGUGAGGACUUGAAGUAGGUAGCAUGUAGCAGGCAUAAUGCAUAUCGGAUGAGAUCCUUCUGGAUG